ACGCAGCUUUCAUUGGGUAUUGGCGUAACGGCACCAGUCUGUAGUGAUAUCCGCGGCUUUCUCGCUGACGUAAUAUUGACUGAUCCGAAUGUUUACUUUGGACACGAUCACUUAGAGACGCACAUUGCGCUCUUUUCCUCUCCCAGUCUCCGUCUCUCUGCCGGUCCCUUCUGCUUUCCUCCGGCGUUCACGCAAUGGUCCUAAUCCAUUCCAAGCUGAAAGGGUCACCUUAAAGGAGUUUUCUUUUCUUUUUCUUUUUGUGCGUGCGUGCGUGUGUGUGUGUGUGUGUGUGUGCGCGGACAAGCCCCCUCUUGGGAUUCUAUUCUGUUUGAGUCGAGCUGGUGGAGAGCCGUGGAAAGAUACCACAGGUGAAUGGAGCUUUAACGACGCUGCGGUAGAGAUGAUUGAACAGUUUAAGGUUUCCAUGAGCGCAGUCUGUGCCUGAUUUGAUAGAAGCCGAGUCUUCUUCCGUGGCACUUUGUGAUAACUGAAGCGGACCGAGUUAGCUUUUUUUUUCCUUCUUCUGUUUUUUUUUUUUUUUUUUUUUUUGAAGAAAAAAAAAAAAUUCUCCCCUGGUUUUCCUAAAGGAUGAUAUGACCUUUUCUUUUGCGCAGUGGUGGCUGCUUUCCUACCAGUUUCUUGGAUCUUUGUCAUGCCUUUUUGCAGGAUUACUCACGGAGAUAUGAGCGCACUAAGAAAUCGAGUUGGAUUGUAAAGCAAAAUAAAAAAAAAUUAAAAAAAAUUGAGAUACAUUUUUUAAAACAAAAUCCUUGCUCUUUUUAUUGUUAUUAUUAUUAUUUUUCUCCAAAGCGGGAAGUGCUGCUUUGUGGUAAUCAAUGGCUUCAGUGCCGAGGUCGGCAAGGCGCAAAGAUGCCACUCGCUGGCCGAGGAUGUCGUCAACUUUUUGGGCUGUGGUGCUCCUGACGGCGCUGCUGGUUCUCUACUGCGGCCAGCUGGCAGCGGGGACAUGCGAGAUUGUGACGUUGAACAAGGACAGCAGCCAACCACGACGGACCAUCGCCAGGCAGACGGCCCGCUGCGCCUGUAAGAAGGGCCAGAUCGCCGGAACUACAAGAGCCAGACCUGCCUGUGUGGACGCUGGGAUUGUUCGAAAAAGGCAGUGGUGUGAGAUGGUUCCGUGUUUGGAGGACGAAGGCUGUGACCUGUUAGUCAAUAAAUCUGGAUGGACUUGUACACAGCCAGGAGGCCGAGUCAAAACCACCACGGCUCUAUGACGCGACAAGAGUUCCCCUCGACAUUCUUGCACUAUGGAGAGCAUUGAUGACCCCUUGACAGACAGCCAAAACCCACCAACCAACACCACCACCACCCACCAACACAACAGCAACUCCACCCUAACCCUGGUCGCAGAGCACCAAGGGCUUCUUUGACGCUGCAAGGUGUCAUAACACAACCAGAGGUGCCAAACAGAGGAGUGACCGACGGAGGGAGUUUGUGCUCCUGAGGGGUUUCGGACAAACUCACUAUUAAAACACUUCCCACCUCCAGUGACUCGCACCUCCGGGUCUCCGACCGCUCCCUCAUGCCGUCUGUCACCGGGUCAGCGCCUUCCUCCUCGUCAAUGCAUCUGCCUGUUCGAUGAAAAACUUUUAUUACGCCGCAGAGGACCGGACACCUUAAAAUGCUUUUUGGGUUUUUUUUUUUUUUUGUCAUUGGAAGUCCAAUUUUUAAGGAGCUGCUCGCUGCAUUUUCAAAACAAAAGAAAAACAAAAAAAGGGAUUCCCCCACCACCAACCACCAUCGCCACCUCUCCAAGUCUUUCUGUAGUGGGGGAGUUUCCAGAGCACAGCUGGGAUCAUUACAGACCGAACCCUGUUGCUUCAGACCACUUGACGAGGCCGUAAAAACCAAACUGUGCACUCUCUGCUGUGAAUAGGCCUUCUGCUGGAGUCAAACUCCUUUAUUUUUAUAGACCAAAGAGCAAAACGACAACAAAUAUGAUCAUUAGAACAAGAGGUGGCAAAAGAGACAUAUUCCUCUUUUGGGGGCGGGGGGUUGCUACAAAAUCUCUCUAAGCGAACAAUCGAAUCAAUGGAGUCCUUUUAAAACCUUCUGGACUUUUUUUUUCCUUCAGACUGAAGCCCAUAACUUGUAUUUUGGAACUGGAACUAUAGGUACUGCAUACGUAUAACUAUGUAUCAACAACAAAAAAACAAAAAACAAACAAAAAACAGAUUUGUGAUUUUUCAGUAGCUAUGGUUUUCGGACAGAAUCACGUGGAAAGAAAUGCUACACGUCUACAGAGAGUACGGACGGAUACUGUCGAGUCGGAACGGGAAGAGCGAAGAAUUGCCAUUAAAUGUAUUUUGAAAGGCCCUUAAAAAGUUAUAUAUUUAACAGUUUUAUAUGUUGUACCUUUGUAGAGAAGCUUAUUGGACUUAAAUGUGGUCACAAUGGCAGUUUAGUAGAACGUGAACAAAAGCUGUUCUCAUUACUGCUGGCUCGUAGUCUAUGGUUUUCUGUUCACACCUCGGUAGCUGCUUUCUUUUCAUGGUCAUCUCCAAGUCAGUCUUAUUAGAACCAUUAACAAGAA